CAACAACACAUCACCACUCUCCCUUACCUGUGCUUUUCUGCACUGGAGUGUGCAGCAUUCAGCUGAGAAGGCGUAUUUCAAGUGGAAAUGGAAAAUCGUUUAAUGCUGCUCAUUUGUGUUGCUGGAUAUUUGGUGGCUGUCUCUGGCUAUCCAAAUGGACAAAUAAGUACUUCAUGUGACACCAUGCUUCCAAUACAUGGGGUUAGUACCCCCCAAUCAUCUGCAGCCCCUUACAACAUCAUAGUGUCUAAAGCUUCAUUCAAUGCUGGUGACGUUAUAACAGUUAUCAUACAGUCCACAUCAGGCAAUAAGUUUAAAGGAUUCCUUCUUGAGGCUCGAUCUGUGGGAGGCGACCGGAUCACUGGUAGUUUCUCCACUACAGAUGGGAAUGCUCAAACACUAACAUGCAGUGCGGGCGCAAACACAGCUGUCAGUCACACAAAUAGUAAUUUGAAAUCAUCUAUCACUGCUUCAUGGACGGCUCCUGAAGGAGAAGGCCCUGUGCGCUUCCGAGCAACUGUUUUGAGUAGCUACUCCACCUUCUGGACUGGUGUGCAGAGUGACAUUAUAGUUGCUCUGCUGCAGAUGUCCAAUACCACAUGUGGUUCUCAGAAGUAUUGCCUUACUAGUCCAGAGAACUGCAGUCCCAGUGACAACAAUUGUCUGUUCAUGUCAGCAGCUCCCUCUAGCAAUGGUUACGUAUUUGAAAUGAGCGGCACAACAUCAGGUUAUGUGGCCAUUGGUUUCUCGAAUGAUACAAAAAUGGGAAAUGAUGAUGUUUAUAUUUGUACCCGUUCUUUUGGAAAUAUUAUUGUACAACGGGCAUAUACCACUGGAGAAGUGGCUCCUGUUAUUACCAACUCUAGCACUGCAGGCUCUAUAGUAACAUCUUACAUAAAUGGGGUGUUGAAAUGUUCUUUCAUCACGCAAAACGAUAUCGUUCUACCUUCCCAACAAAGAUCCAGUGCCACAUCCAGCUACUAUGUAUUUCUGGUCAGUGGCCAAGCUCUGGCAAAUGGACAAAUCCAACAACACAACAAGACCACCAUGUCCAACAGUAGUGUUAACCUUUCAAAUGAUCGAUCAGCCAUUUCACCGACUGAAGCAAAUUCUUUAGUAAUUGCUCAUGGGUCCCUGAUGCUGAUUGCUUGGAUGACUACUGGCAGUACUGGGAUGAUUAUGGCUCGUUAUAUGAAGAGUGCAGCUGGAAAACCAGUCCUUGGGAAGGCUGCAUGGUUCCAGACUCAUUUCUUUCUCAUGGUACUGACUGUAAUUCUGACAAUAAUUGCCUUUAUUAUGGUGUUUGUUGAAGCUGCUGGCUGGAGCUAUGGAACAGGUGCCCAUCCAGUCAUUGGAUGCAUAGUCAUGGUACUGUCAUUCUUCCAACCCAUCGCAGCUCUAUUUCGUCCACACCCAGACAACAGCAGGCGGUUCAUCUUUAACUGGGCACAUAGACUCAACGCACUAGUGAUAAAGAUACUAGCAGUGACUGCUAUUUUCCUCGGCCUGAUUCUUGUGGACCAGAGCCCAACUCAAUGGAUGGCCAAGGUGAUGGGUGGAUUUACUUCAUGGGAAUUUCUGUUCUAUGUUAUCCUGGAGACAAAUGUGCAGCUCAAAAUAAAAGGGAUCCCAUCUGAACCGGGAUCUUUACCACCAAGGAUCGAAUUAAUUGCUACCCCUACCUCCUCCAAUGUCAGAGGAGAAUCAAGAUAUUCUAUAUCUUCCAAAGAGAGACAUGAGAUAUACGACGAUACUUAUAAGAUGCAAGUGGAGACUGUGGCUAUUUUGGUCUUCAUUUCUGGAAAUCUGGCCUUUCUAAUAUCCCUGUUGGUUGGUAUUGGACGCACUUAACUGAUUUUGUUUACUCGCUGGAGGGAUUUCCCUUUCCCUUUCAAAGGACUAACUGUGACUGUAGAAGGAAAUAAUUAGCUACAAUAAAUCAUUUUUAUUAAAUUUAA